AUAGAUCUAGAUAAGUAUAAUUCUGUAGAAGAGUUAGAAGCCUUAGGUUUAAAUAGAUUGAAGAACUCAUUGAUGGAAAAAGGAUUAAAAUGUGGUGGAACAUUACAACAGAGAGCUGAGAGAUUGUUUUCUAUUAAAGGUUUAAAACAGGAAGAUAUAGACCCUUCACUAUUUUCAAAACCAUCUAAAAAGAAAGGCAAGUGA